CGGCAGCGCCAGCUUACAACUUAAGUUUUUUUUCCAGUUUUGUGAAGAAUUCAGAGGCGAAGGUUGUGUCGGUUUUGUGUUGACUUUUCUAUUGGGAAAUGAUACAUUAUUCCCAUAUAAUUUCCAGUUAUUGGACGUUUAAUGACACAAUUCAUUUAUGAUUUAUUUCACCGUUUUGAAUUGCUGUUUAAUUCCGAGUGGAUUACUAGUGGGAGUGUGAUUUAUUUGCGUUGAAUUUUAGUUGUGUGGUUGUGCAAGGAUUUGUCCCUUCGGCUUUUGAUUCAUUUCUUUCUACGGUUCCACAUCUUAUGACGUUAUAAAGAUGAAUUCCCGAUGAGGCGCCGUGGAAUCCAGUCAUGACGUCGUGAGCUCUUCCGUUAUUCUGGUUAUUGUGGUGAAAAGGUGAAAAAGUCGCGAUGGGCGCGUCGGGCGUUUCAGACGAAUACACGCCGCCGCGUCUUUCGCGGCUGCUGCACUCGGUGCCGCACGUCAACACCACGUUGCACCGGGUCAACGACACCUUCGCGCCCAACUCAGCUGUCUACCGCGAGAGCUUGGGCAUAAUCGCGUCGAUACCUGGCGUGUGGCUGAUCCUGACGCUGGUGAUCCUCCUGAUAUACCUGAUGACGAGAUGUUGCGACAGGAAGCAGCGUCCGCCCAAGAGUAUCACUGCUUUGAAGAUAACGCUAAUGAUUCUGUCGGUGCUGUGCUGCGGUGCGAUCGGCGUCGGUCUGUUUGGCAACGACGACCUCCACAACGCGAUGCUGCAGAGCAUCCAGGCGGGCAACCAGCUGGCCGCUCUGGUCAACACUGUCAAGAACCAGUCGAGUAUUCUGGAAGAGACGAUGGGUUCGCGCGCUCGUGCGCCCCUGGCCCGGCUGGCGGACUCGCUGGACAUGCCCGUGGCCAACCAGACGGCGCUGGGCACGCUGCUGCGGGCGCUGUCCACCCUGCGGAACAACGCCAGCGUGGCUGUGUCCGCCGCGGAUAACUUGAGGAGGCCAUUGGCCGCGCUAAACUUGGACGCUUUUAUGAAGAAACUGUGGGUGUGGGAGGCGGCGCGGUGGGCGGGCGGCAUGGCGGGCUGGUGCUGCGGCGGCGCCGUGUGCGUGGCGCUGCUGGCCGCCGCCGCCCGCCGCUCGCGGCGCGCGCUGCUGCUGCUCUGUGUGGGCGCGAUAUUCGCGCUGAUCGCGUGCUGGCUGGGCGCGGCGGUGCUGGUGUCGCUGGCGGUGGCGGCCGGCGACGCCUGCCAGGAGCCGGCGCGUGCGCUUGCGCACUACGCCAACCACAACCUGCCCGCGGAUAUGGUGCACUACUACCUGUCGUGCAAGGUGUCCCGCGAGAACGUGCUGACGGCGGAGCUGCGCACGGCGCAGCGCGCGGUGGUGGCGGUGCGGCAGGCGCUGGCCGUGCUGGCGCGCGGCGCGCCGCAGCUCUUCAACGACCCGGCCCUGCAGCCGACGCUGGGCGCGCUGAACGCGGGCACGGGCGAGGCGGAGCGCGCGCUGGUGUCGCUGAGCGGCGCGCUGGAGUGCCGCAUGGCGCGCGCAUACUUCGUCACCGGCGCACGCGCUUUCUGCGACAGCGGCCUGCAGGCUCUGUCACUACAGCUGCUGGCGGCGGUGGCGGCCGGCUUCCUGUUCACCGCUAUCGUGCUGGUCGACUCGCAUGCUUGGAUCUACAUCAACACCAAACGCAGCGGCACCGGCGAGGAGCAGGCGCCGUUCCUGUCGUCGGGCGCCAGCAGCGCGGGCUCGCGCACGCUGCCGCGCCCCGCGCCCUUCCCCAACGGCAAGCCGCCCUCCUACAGCGCCGCCGUGCAGCUCAUGGAUCUAGAUCGCGACCGCGCCAGUCCAAUCUCCAGAUCGCGUAUGUCCGGGUCGGCGACGCUGGGCCGCGGCGCCAGCGGCGGCGGCGGCAGCGCGGCGGCGGCGCUGAGCGGGAGCCACACGCUGGGCCGGCCGCCGCACAACAGCAAGUACGCGACGCUGAGCAAGCAGUGCAAGACGCUCGAGAGCAACGACUUCUACUGAGACAGGCCAGGGGGCGCGCACGAUCAUAACGCAGGUCAGGCCGGUCGCGCGACCAGCCUGAACCGCUUCGACCCGAAAUACGCGUCGUUCGGUCCGCGCGCCCCCCGCCCGCGCCCCGCAGCGCCCCCGCCCGCCCUCGCCACCUUCUCCUCCAGCUCGACCCCGGCGCCCCCCGCACACAACACCCAAAACCAAGACAAAUACGCUACAGUACGACCCCCUAGACGCGCCGAACCUCAGCCCUUGUCCGCAGCGGCCUUAGAAUACCGCUCCUUACAACGACCUAGAAGACAACAACAACCUAACACAGGUACCCAACACCGCCGCAGACCCGAACGACAGACUCAACAGCACCAACAACCCCAGCAUCAUGACCAACGCGACCUUUACGCGGUCACUGAACUUUAAGUCCGCCAUUUCGUGCGCGCGCCAUCUUGUUGAAGAUGCAACGCUCGAAUAUUCACUAUGAUCAGCAUAGUCGAAUAAACAGAGUGUUAAUCGAUACUGACUUUGGAUAAGAAUUUUCGUCGCGACGAUUUAAUUUGUAAUCUUUUGGAACUUUUCUGAAAAUUUUCUAAUAAGUGUAACCGUGAUUGCACAAUAAAUAGAUUUCGAAUCAUUCGUUUGAUUGCUCAAUUUGACCGCGAUCGAUUCUUGAUGGUCUAAUUUUAACGUUUUUCGGAAAGUAUUUUACUGAGCAAUAUUCUUAAUAAGAGCACAAUGAUUUUUUGUCAAUUUACAUUGACUUUUUUAUAAUUUUAAUGCAACGGCCUAGUUUUAAUCAAAGCGAUGGUACAAGUAUUAAAAGCAGUUUUUUUUUGCGGCAAAUUUUCGUUCGAAAACAUGUUUCCCAUGUGAAGUCCAUAAUAAGGCUGUGUUAAAACGUUAAAGACCAAUAACGAUUACUUCGUUAUAAUAAUUUGUAACUAGCUCGUUACAGACCUUGACUGUAGUACGUUUUCGACUCUAUUUUCGCUCAACGUAGGUUAAGAUAACCUUAAAAAACGGAUUACGCUAUAAUGUGUUAAGAAAAGGGAUGGUUUGAUAGCUGGCAAGUAAUAUUUCAUUUGAUUAAAUAUAUCGGAAUAUUUUGAAUUUUGAAAACAUGCUACAAAAGAAUAUGAUCGUGUGUUAUAUUUUUUAAAAUGAAAUAUUACUUUCCGGCGCCUCCAUCUCGCCUGUCUCGAUAAUGAAACUGGUUUAGUGCGGUGAGACGCCAAACAGUAGAAAAUUAAACUUUUCUGGCAUGUUCUUUAUAAAUCUUAGAAAAGAGGCUCGGAGCCCAAGAAGUAGACAUUCGAUUGUAACAGUUUACAUGUACAUAUAGCUAUAAAUAUAAUUAUAAUAUGAUUUUAUAGUCUGCCUGUGUGAUUCAACUUUUUAACACAAUUUGUAUAUUUAAACAGACCGUCGAGUCAACCAAGAGGAUAGUCGAAAAUAAAUUAAACAAAAUUUAUGUAGAAUCUCUUUGGUGUAUUUAUGACUAAAUAUUCAAAUCAUCUUGAGCAAAUACGACCUCCUAUUAGACAGAGAUAGCAUGAAAAUUGAGAACGUAUUUGAUUUAAAUUGUUCGUGAAUAUUUAGAUGUUAGCCUAGACAUUAAUUUUAAUUAUGUACCUACUGUACAAAAUAUAGCUCAAGGCAGUUUUACUAGUUAAUAUAGCGUGGACCUAAUGUAUAUAAUAAGUUUUUAAUAUAUUAUGUAACUUAUUUUAUUUACAGAUAAUUUGUAAAGUUAAUUGUAAAUGAAAUAAAAUUAAUUAAGCAUUCCAUUGUGUGUGGAUUAGAAAUGUGGAAUUGGUAGUAAGCAUUCUUGAAUUAACACAAUACUUAACCUUAAAUCUAUGCUAAUAAGGUGCAAAACGAUACUGCCAUUCGAGGAAAUAACAGAAUGUUUAUAAAUAAAUAAAUUCUAGCUAAUAAUGAUAACGGAAAGUACUGCUCUCUCUAUAACACCACAUGUAAUUAUACAUUUAAUAAACUUUUAAAAGUGAUCGUGUGAACUUAAAAUAUUAUAGCGACUAUUCUAUUUGCAUAUUGGCAAUACUGACAAACAUUGUCUACUAUUAUUAUAGUCUAUUUAUUAAUGUGAAAUAGCGUUCAAUCACAUUUUUUUUCUGUAAUUAUUGUGGGAAUACUGUGGAAGUAUUCAAUUUUGAGACGUUAUUUUCUUACAUUAUGUAAAGUUGUCAAGAUCACUUUUCUAAUCGUAAUAAUCUUACUAUAUCUAACGUAGUACAUAAUAAGUGUAAUUGGUACCAGUUUUUUCAUAGACCCGUCUAGAGAAAGCGACUUUACAGCUUAACGAAUAAUGGCGGCGACAGUAUAGACCCCUGUGGUACACCAUCAUUCAAUAUUUUAAAAUUUUCCCAGUAACCGUCAAAUGCUGCGUAUUACGUUACGUAUUACGUUAUAGUAAUGAAUUCGUAGGCUUUACUGGGGUCGCUGGCUAAUAUAGCAGCAUAAUCUGUAUGAGUUAUAUGUUGGUUAACCAUAUCAAAUGCCUUUUAAAGAUCUGAGUAUAUUUAAAAAGCUCAAUUUUACAAAGAUGUUGAUGCUGUUUUUAAUGAAUACUUCAGAAUUUCGUGAUAGGAAAUGUGUUUAUUUUUUAAAUCUAUUAUCUAUCUGGUUGACAUAAUCAAAACAUCAAAGUUUUCGCCGUAAUGUCAUUUUCUCUGGACAGGGCCAAAGCUACAGUUUUGUAUUCCAGUAUUAAAAUAAGAAAUUUUGUGAGACUUUACAACGAGGUUUGUACAUGUACGUUUUUUAUGAUCAAUGUAUUUUUGUUUCUCAUUAGUUUGGUACAGUAAGCAGUGUAAUCGCCAAAGAUAAUGCAUAAUUUACCUAAGUACGCCUAGCUAGUGUUAAGUUCGUGUUUAAGGUUAGAUUAUUGCAUGCGGCCAUAUUGCAUGUUGUACAAGUUUUUUUUGUUAGUUUUUACCAAGUUUAGGUAACAAGUUUCACUCCUAUGGGCGCUAUGAAAUAGAAAACACGUAGCAAGUCAUUGCGUCCAUAUGUUCUCCCUUUUUUACACGAUAUGGGAGAAAAUGACAGCAUGAGGGCGUUAGUAACGAGCUACGGUCUAUGUUUCGUGGUGGGCCUUCUGGAAAAUACCGGUGGUAAUUUUGCUUUAUUUUUAUCAAACAUGCAUGUUUAUCACGACAUUCGAUUGGUCGGCACGGCAUAAAAUAUUUUAAAAUGGAACGGUUAUCCGUAUCUCUUCAGUAAGAUAAAAUACAUUUUUUUUCGUAAUUUUUUAAAACUUAAUUGAACUGUAAUUCAUAUAUUGCUCAUAUUAGUUGUCGAAAAUCUACAGUGGGCCAUAUUAAAUGUUGUUUUUUGUUACUGAACUGCGACCCAUAAUCGGUACGCAGUAAAAUAAUAUACCUUUUUAAUGUAAGUAACACGAUUUUCAAUGUAACUAACGCACUAUUUGUAAUCACAGUACUCAUGUAAAAUAUACUAUCAUCGGUGACAUCUCAUGGGCUAAAAAAAUUAAAAUUACCUUAUAUUAUUAAAUAUUCCAUCAGCAAUAUUAUUUCGAUAUAGAGUAUUUUGGCUUUGAUCAAAACUUAUCCCAUUCAAUUUUAUCGAGUGUGUUCUUUUAUUACUAAAAACACUUAUUGCCUAGCCUUCUGACAUAACUUUGUAUCGCCAUCUAUCGGCAGCUACACUAAUGAAAUAAUAAAUGCGUUAUUUUUUAAAUUCUAAAAUGUAUUUUUUUCGCAUGGAGCUUCGACGAAACUUUUUUGAAUGAUUAUUAAAAUACAAUAUUGCGUUAGCGAUAUAGAUAAGUUACCAGUCAUUAUAAUGUCGUAAAAUAAGUCUGAAAUUACUCACUUGAAUUGCUUUAAAUCACAUGAACACAUUAUCAUAAUCAUCUUUAUAUAAUGUAACUUUUUAUACAUUAAAUGUUGUAAUAUAUUUCUGUAAUUUAUAAAAAAUAUCAUUUAUUUCGUUUUUUAUGACUAAAAUGUUACGUGCCAUAUUUUCGAAUCCUACAUGAAGCAUUUUUUUUUUUCUAAAUUAUAUUUGUGUUUCGCUUUUUCAUGUCAAUUAUGGUGCGCCCGAGUAUGUCAACUUAUUUGUAUAAAGUAGCAAGUGUUGCAAGGUUAACCGUGAUUAUGACUUAAAUAAGCUGAUAAGCGUUGGUUUUUCAUUCUUUUGUUUCUCGUUCGAAAAUUUAUGGUUCAUUAAAAUUCCACCCUGAAGUUCAAGGAAAUACCUUUGCGAUUAUGAUGAUAUUGAUCGGCUAUCGAUAAUUUUAAUUUAGCUUUAAAUAUGGAUUACUUGGCGAUACUGAGAAGAUAUGUAUUAAAUACUGCUUUUAUGAGAUAAUUUGAAAGACUCAUUGGUUCAUAUCAAUUCUCGUAUCUUUUCCGCAAUUCUAACAAAGUUAACUAUUAUUAUUAUUAUUUAUUUUUACAUGAUAUUAUCAUUCUUAAUUGGGCGUGGGAGUAAUAAAAAAUAAAGCGACGAAUUGAAAACCUUGUGCUUAUUUUUGUAGUCUGUUUAAAUGAUUCGACCGUAAACAAACCCGAAAAAUGACAAAUCAUUCGAUUAACCAUGUCACAUUUGCCUAUUGCAGGCCUUCUUACAUCGUAUGGUUGUGUUUUAAUAUAAGUCAUAAUUUUUGUUAAUAGGUUCGUUAUUUAUUGUUUUUAAAGCGCACCAUACUGUGUACUAAGGCGUUAUAAGUCCCCUUUCGUGAUGUAUGAAGUGUAUAACGUAAAUUAUAAACGGUUGACGAAUAGGUCAAGUGUAUGAGUUUACAAUGAAACUAAUAAAUAAAUGGAUUAAAAUGUUA